AUGGAUGAAGUGGUAUCAGUGUCUCGGAGCAACCCAAAAAAAUACUCUUUGCAUACUACAAGGUCAUGGGAAUUCGUAGGCUUAGAAGAGGAUACACAGAACAACUUGAAGAAAGAUGACUUGUUACUGAAAGCCAAAUAUGGCAAAGAUGUCGUAAUUGGCAUCUUAGAUAGUGGUGUGUGGCCAGAAUCAAAGAGCUUCAGUGAUGAAGGGAUGGAGCCAAUUCCAGAAUCAUGGAAAGGAAUUUGCCAAACUGGACAAGCUUUCACCUUAUCGAACUGUAAUAAGUUAAUUGGAGAUAUUCAAAAUCUCUUGAUAGAUGACCCACCUGAAUUUUGGAAGCUAGUACUGGUUCUUGGGAAAAUACUUGUGUCUUUUCAG